AUGGACCAGGCCGCUCCUUCCUCUUCCAACCAUGACCCUCGCUUCGAUUUCAUAGGAUCUUACGCUGUCAAAUCGCUAAAAUUAAAACCAGAGAAAUGGGCGCGAGCGUUGGGGCUAGAAGAACAUCGGGCGAUACUGAAAGACUUCGUGGAUCAGCCCUUCCCGAUCCUCUUAGUCGUAGUAUUGACUCACGCAAACCAAUUGGUACCAGUCAUAUCGUUUCCAUGUUAUUUGAAGAAUAAAGCCGUUUAUUUUGUCAAGAAAAAGCCUGAUGUUGUUCCUAAGGAAAAUUGUUCACAUAUGCUGGUUUUUGGUGACUUAGCACCAAGACUGAUAGAUGAACUAGCAGCACUAGUCGACGAAGUUUUUGUUCCUUUGUUAUCAAACCCUCUCAACCACGAAGGAUGGCCGUUAGUAGUGUCACAAGAUAUUCUCAAGCAAAUACACAAUUUAAAAAGCACUGUCUACGAGGUGAAGGGUAAAGUCAACGGGCAAACAGUUCUACCUAUGCCGGUAGGGGUAGAACUGGUACAUGACGCUGAGAAGGAGCUGUUGAAAGGGAAAGAGGUGGAUUUAUACCUGAAGAGUGCUAUAGAGGGGGUGGUGAUCAAAUGGGCGCAGCAGAUCAACGACGUCAUGAUGGACGACCCAGCGCAGGCUUUCGAAAACGGACAGAAUCCCGUGCCAUCUGUUGAACUUCAAUUCUGGAGGUCCAGAUUGAGCAAUUUGAACAACAUCUACGACCAACUCCGCACCGAACGCGUCCGGUGCAUGGCCGUCAUACUUGAGAAGACAACUUCUGCUUACUACCCUUGCUUCAGCCGCCUGUUCAAAAACAUCGUGUCUGCUUUAGCAGAAGCAAGGGAGAUUGACCUUUAUUUAAGAACUCUAGAAAGACAUUUCCAGGCAUUGGAGGACACUGAUUUCACUGAAUGUCAGUCAUUAUUUGGACCUCUUUUUCAUGUCAUUUGCAUGAUUUGGAGGGAUUCUAAAUAUUACUGCAGUUCCUCGAAACUGAUGGUGUUAUUGAGACAAAUUGCAAAUUUGUUAAUUCACCAGGCAAAAAAGUGCCUAGAUUCAAGCACUUUGUUUCAUAGCGACAUUGAUGAAGCAACACUUCGUAUCGACAUGACUAUAAAAAUAAUAAAGAGGUUUCGAGCUACAUUCGAUUACUUCAAAGACAAAUUACCUGAAUAUUUCGUCGACAGGAGAGUUAUUCCUUGGACAUUUCAUCCAAAUGUAGUUUUCGAGAGAUUGAACAAGUUUAUGGAUCGCCUUAACACUAUACAAUGGUUUUUCAAAACGGUGCUAGAGUUCCAGAAACUCGAAAAGAUAGAAAUUGGGGGAAUGAAGGGGAGAGUCUUAGGGGGCCAAAUAAGGGAAAUAUCAGCAGAAUUUGAAGCAUUCUUUCACGGAUUUGCAUCCAAAUCCUAUGACGUUUUAGAUCCUGAUGAUGACACUUUUAAUUUGGACUUCAAAGAUUUUCAAGAAAAUAUUAUUGAUUUGGAUUUAAAAUUGUCUACAGUGUUAGUGGAAUCAUUCGAUAAUUGUUCAACUUUAGAAGCUAUAUUCAAGUUAAUCGACAUUGUUGGGUCAGUUUUAGAUCGACCCCUUAUCAAAAGCCAAUUCACAGCAAAAUAUUCUGAUAUCAUUGUCAUGCUCGAAAAGGAGAUGACAACUUGCGAAGAACUCUUUACGGAGCAGACGAACAGACUUGAGAAAUAUGGCGUCAUGGAAGUGGACGCGUACAUGCCCCCGGUGGCGGGGGGGCUGCUGUACAUGACGAUGCUGGCUGCGAGGAUCACGAAGCCCGUAGCCAGCUUUCGCAAUUUGCCGCACCCGAUCAAAGAUUCGGAUGAGGCAUUGAAAAUAUUUGAAAGAUAUGAAAUUCUCAUUGAGAAAAUUAAUGAAUUCAAGAAAAAAUAUUUCAAAGAUUGGACGGAAACUAUACCGAAGAUCAUUGAAUCAAAAACGAACAAUAAAAUCGUCGCUAGGCAGGGAUCUGAUCUCAUACUGAAUUUCAGUCCUUUGCUCUUAGAUGUUUUAAAAGAAGUGCAUCAUUUACGCACUAAUACAGAUUUUAAAGACAUGUUACCACCGGACAGUUUAAAAAUAUUUGAAAGGCAAGAGACAUUUAGGCAAUACAGAAUAAACCUUGGAAUUACUAUUGAUUGGUAUAAUCAGAUCAGAAGGAAUAGUCAAAAGGUCGAGUUUGAUCUUGUUGAGGAUGAAAUAAAAGCUAUUGAUCAACGGAUAGAAAAGGCAAUGCACCAGUUGAAUUGGAACUCACAAAAUUUAUGGAAUCAGUUACAGGAAUUACACACAUUAGUCGGCAAUUUGUUUGAAAGAAUGUCAAAAAUACAAGAUAAUUUAAAAGAAAUCAAAGACGUCAUGAAGGAAUGGGCUGCACUGCCAUUAUUCGAACGAAGAGAAGGAAAGAAAGAUACUUUAUUAAACUUAGGUGAUCGCGACGAAAGGAACAAUAAACGUUAUUCAGAUAUUAUUGAAACAGACAAACGAGUAAAAGAGCUUCUAAAUGAGAAUAUGGUGCUAUUUAAUAUGCAGGACAAUCAAGACAGUGAAAUUUGGGUCAACUAUGUAUCUUUUAUAGACAGCUUGAUGGAAGAAUCGCUGUUCAAAUCCAUUGCUUGCAGCAUGGGUUAUAUAGCAGAACAUAUGAAUCCAAAUAACAAGUUGGCUCCUUUAUUCCAAGCUAAACUAGAGUUGCUGGAACCAGACAUGGUUUUCUCUCCAAGCCUUGAACCUACUCAUGAGAAAGGAUUUACAGCAAUGCUUCAAGGCAUCAUCGAUGAUAUAUUACAAAUGUCUAAACUUACUGAGAGAAUUUAUAAAAAAGAUUCUGAUACUUACGAAAAUCAAAUUGCUAGUAAUGAAGAUAUAAUUGAAAUGAAGGAUGAGAUAUUAAAUGCUAUUGAUAAGGUGAUUGAAGAUGCUAAUGAGUUUUGCAAAUCAUUUGAAAACUACUCGUAUUUAUGGCUUGAAGAAAGGGAUGCUGUUAUGGAGAUAUUCUUAACUUACGGUAGAAUACUGCAGCCGGAAGAAAUAGACAGAAUCGGGGGCGACGACAAAGAUAAUCCUCCUCCAACGCCAUGCCCUCCCAAAAUGGAGGGCUUCAGGGAACAGAUAGAUAAUUUUGAAAAUCUAUUUUUGGAAAUCGAAGACAUAGAAUCAUUUAAAGUCUUCAACUGCUGGUUCCAGGUUGAUGUUAGACCGUUUCGCCAAGCUUUGCUGAACCUUGUAAGAAAGUGGGGCAACAUGUACAAAGAGCAUCUGGUACAGAACGUUACGUCAAGUCUCAGUGACUUGGCGAACUUCAUUCGUAAAGCUGACGAAGGUUUACUUCAACCCGUACCUGAAGGGGACUACGAUGCAUUGAUUGCAGUGAUGGGCUACCUGAUGAACGUCAAGGAGCGAGCGCUCACUACAGACGAGAUGUUCCAGCCCUUGACGGAAACCAUAGAGCUGUUAAAGUUCUAUGACAUGGAUAUUCCUGAAGAAGUUAAUGUGUUACUUCAGGAAUUGCCGGAAAUGUGGCAAGCUACGAAGAAGCUAGCCGUUACUGUCAAGCAGCAGGUGGCUCCCCUCCAGGCGGCAGAGGUCAGUGGCAUAAGGAAGAAGAUAGCCACAUUUGACGCUCAUGUCACUUAUUAUAGGGAAGUCUUUAAGAGAUAUGAGUUCUUCAAAUAUGACUGUAAAGAUCCUUACGAAGUGAUGUCGCGGGUUGACUUCGAGAUGCUUCACUUAGAGGAGGAGAUGAGAGGCAUUCAGGAGUCAGGAUCACUGUUCGAGGUCAACGUGCCGGAGUUCAAGCUACUGAAACAGUGCAGGAAGGAAUUGAGGAUGUUGAAACAACUCUGGGACUAUGUAUACAUAGUGAGGACGAGUAUUGAGGAUUGGAAGACGACGCCUUGGCGGAAAAUAGACGUGGAAAACAUGGACAUUGAGUGUAAGAAGUUCGCCAAGGAGAUCAGAUUGCUGGACAAGGAGAUGAGAAGCUGGGAUACGUACAUAACUUUAGAAUCUACAGUGAAGAAUAUGCUGACAUCUCUACGGGCGGUGGGAGAGCUUCAAAACCCAGCCAUUAGGGAGCGCCACUGGGACCAACUAAUGCGGUCUACUAAGAGCUUAGCCGCAUUGCCUGCUGAAAUCACUGUUAAAAUAGUGAUGGACACAAACACGACUCUGGCUGAUUUGCUAGCUCUAAACCUGCACGAAUGCGAGGAAGAAGUGAAGAACAUUGUGGACAAAGCCGUGAAGGAAAUGUCCAUGGAGAAGGUGCUCAAAGAUCUCGACACGACUUGGAAAGGGCUGGAGUUUGAGCAGGAAAUACACCCGAGAACCAAAUGCGUUUUGUUGAGGGCCAGCGAAGAACUUAUUGAAACCCUAGAAGAAAAUCAAGUCCAACUUCAAAAUCUGAUAACAUCAAAAUUCAUCGCGCACUUCUUGGAGGAAGUGUCGAGUUGGCAGCAGAAGCUGUCCAUAGCGGAUCAAGUUAUCACUGUUUGGUUUGAGGUGCAGAGGACCUGGACGCACCUUGAGAGCAUCUUCAUGAGCUCCGAGGACAUAAGGAAGCAGCUGCCAGAAGAUUCAGAGAGGUUUGACAGGAUCGACAACGAAUUUAAGAUACUAUCAACCGAAAUGGCUAAAACACCGAACGUAGUCAAAGGUACCAAUAAAGAAGGUCUGGUAGAGAAGUUGGACAAUUUACAAAAGGAUUUAGUGAUUUGCGAGAAAGCCUUAGCUGAAUAUUUGGAAACAAAAAGAUUGGCCUUCCCAAGGUUUUAUUUUGUGUCCUCAGCAGACUUGUUGGAUAUAUUAUCCAAUGGGAAUCAAGCUGAACUUGUUAUUAAACAUCUGACGAAACUCUUUGACUCCAUAGCGAAAUUAAAAUUCAAGGAGAGUGAAAAUGCAGCUGAGAAAAUAGCUUUAGGGAUGAUAGCUAAGGACGGCGAAUAUGUGCCGUUCCACGGUACUUGCGACUGCACUGGACCAGUUGAAAUUUGGCUGAACAGACUACAGGAUAUAAUGAGAUCAACCAUUCGCCAUUAUUUCGGGGAAGCUACAGUUUCCUACGAAGAGAAGCCUCGAGAACAGUGGCUCUUUGAUUUCAUGGCACAGGUGUCAUUAUGCGGAUCCCAAAUUUGGUGGACAACGGAAGUGAACAUGGCAUUCGCUCGUCUCGAAGAAGGUUACGACAGCGCACUCAAAGAUUACUACAAGAAGCAAUUGGCUCAACUGAGCACGUUGAUUACUUUGUUAAUCGGCGAGUUGAGCAAGCAGGACCGACAGAAGAUCAUGACGAUUUGCACUAUUGACGUCCACUCUAGAGAUGUAGUUAGCAAGAUGAUUCAAGCUAAAGUUGAGGCGGGGUCUGCGUUUCAAUGGCAGUCACAAUUGAGACACAGAUGGGACGAGACUGAAGUACACUGCUUCGCAAAUAUCUGCGACGCGCAGUUCCAGUACAGUUACGAGUAUCUAGGGAACACUCCCAGAUUGGUGAUAACACCGCUCACUGAUAGGUGUUACAUCACCUUAACGCAGUCUUUGCACUUGAUAAUGGGAGGGGGACCGGCCGGACCAGCCGGAACGGGUAAAACAGAGACCACUAAAGAUUUAGGAAGAGCCUUGGGCAUCAUGGUUUACGUGUUCAACUGCUCCGAACAAAUGGACUAUCAGUCAUGCGGAAAUAUUUAUAAAGGUCUAGCCCAAACAGGUGCAUGGGGAUGCUUUGAUGAAUUCAACCGGAUCUCGGUAGAAGUAUUGUCAGUGGUGGCAGUACAAGUGAAAUCUGUGCAAGAUGCAAUAAGGGACAAAAAACAAAAGUUCAACUUCAUGGGCGAAAUGAUAUCCCUAGUCACCAGUGUAGGUAUAUUCAUCACCAUGAACCCAGGAUACGCCGGCAGAACAGAACUACCGGAGAACUUGAAGGCGCUUUUCAGACCUUGCGCCAUGGUCGUGCCGGAUUUCGAGCUAAUCUGCGAGAUCAUGCUGGUGGCCGAAGGAUUCCAAGAGGCUAAGAUUUUGGCCAGAAAGUUUAUAACGUUGUACACCCUGUGCAAAGAGCUACUAUCGAAACAGGAUCAUUAUGAUUGGGGAUUGAGGGCGAUCAAGUCUGUACUCGUGGUCGCGGGGUCUUUGAAAAGAGGUGACCCUGGCAGACCGGAAGAAGAAGUACUAAUGAGGACCCUCCGAGAUUUUAAUAUACCGAAAAUUGUAACUGACGACAUGCCCGUUUUCAUGGGCCUUAUCGGGGACUUGUUCCCCGCAUUGGAAGUUCCACGCAAACGCGACCUGGAGUUCGAGAGGACCGUCAAACAAGCAGCCAUGGACCUCACGCUGCAACCAGAAGACAAUUUCAUAUUAAAAGUAGUCCAACUAGAAGAAUUACUCGAAGUGAGACAUUCUGUUUUCAUAGUUGGUAACGCUGGAACUGGUAAAACCCAAGUGUGGAAAACUCUUUUCAAGACGUACCAGAAUCUUAAGAAGAAGCCUCUGUUCAAUGACUUAAAUCCUAAAGCGGUGACGAAUGACGAGUUGUUCGGGAUAAUAAACCCAGCAACGAGAGAGUGGAAGGAUGGGUUAUUCUCAGUGAUUAUGAGAGAUCAGGCGAACUUGGUUGGCGAAAAUCCGAAAUGGAUCGUUCUAGACGGUGAUAUCGAUCCGAUGUGGAUCGAAUCCCUGAACACAGUGAUGGAUGAUAAUAAGAUUUUGACGCUAGCCAGCAAUGAGAGAAUAGCUCUGACCCCUUCCAUGAGGCUAAUGUUCGAGAUUUCCAAUCUGCGCACGGCAACACCGGCUACCGUCUCAAGAGCUGGUAUUUUAUACAUCAAUCCACAAGACUUGGGCUGGAAUCCCUAUGUUACAAGCUGGGUCGAAACAAGAAAGAUCCCGGCGGAGAAGUCGAACUUGGUUAUGUUGUUUGACAAGUACAUCCCGCCGUGCUUGGAGACAGUGAAGACGAGGUUCAAGAAGAUCACUCCUAUAGUGGAAAUGGCGCACAUUCAGAUGUUGUGUCAUCUGCUCGACUGUCUGUUUGUACCGGAGAACACUCCGGCCGAUUGCCCUAAAGAGUGGCAUGAUAUCUUCUUUGUUUUUGCCUGCGUUUGGGCGUUUGGAUCCGCCAUGUUCCAAGAUACUAACAUUGAUUAUAGAGUCGAAUAUACGAAAUGGUGGGUAAAUGAAUUUAAGACCGUAAAAUUCCCUCCAGGGGGAACUGUUUUCGACUUCUACAUCGAUCGUGACACUAAACAGUUCACGCCGUGGACUGAAAAAAUACCUAAAUUUGAAUUGGACUCGGAUAUACCAUUACAAGCUGUCUUGGUCCCAACAGCAGAAACUAUAAGAAUAAGAUACUUUUUAGAUUUACUGAUGAAAAACAAACAUCCAGUUAUGUUGGUGGGAAGUUCAGGUUGUGGAAAAACUGUGUUAGUCAACGAAAAAUUACAGGGCAUGCCUGAAAACUACGCAGUACAAUCAGUCCCUUUCAACUUCUACACCUCAUCGGAAAUGCUGCAGAAAGUUCUAGAGAAACCUCUAGAGAAGAAAGCGGGUCGGAACUACGGCCCGCCGGGGAGCAAAACCCUCAUUUACUUCAUAGACGACAUGAACAUGCCUGAAGUUGACACGUACGGGACAGUACAACCUCAUACGAUAAUCAGGCAACAUUUAGACUACGGUCAUUGGUAUGACAGGACCAAGUUGUCCUUGAAAGAUAUUCACAACACUCAAUAUGUAUCCUGUAUGAACCCGACAUCGGGCAGUUUCACCAUAAAUCCCAGACUACAGAGGCAUUUCUGCGUGUUCGCCAUUAGUUUUCCGAAUAACGACGCGCUGAAUAAUAUUUACCAUUUGAUAUUGUAUCAGCAUCUGACCAAUCCGGAGUUGAGGAUUAAUCCGCUGAUUACCAAGCUGUCUACGAGCGUCGUUACAGCAACAAUCACGCUACAUAACAAAGCCUCGCAAAUAUUUCUGCCAACAGCCAUAAAAUUCCAUUACAUUUUCAAUCUGAGGGAUUUGUCGAACGUGUUCCAGGGGUUCUUGUUCAGUACUAAUGAGUGUCUGGUGAAUCCGUCCGAUAUAAUACGCCUGUGGAUGCACGAAACGCACAGGGUGUACGCGGACAAACUUACCGAGGAUAAGGACAUCGAUGCCUUCCUCAAGAUGCAAGUGGAUAUUUGUAAAAAAACGUUCGAGGAAAUAGAUGAAGCAGUUGUUUUCGAACGCCCGAACAUCUACUGCCAUUUCGCCGGAGGGAUUGGCGAGCCGAAGUACAUGCCGAUAGCCAACUGGGAGCAGCUGAACCAGCUGCUGACUGAGGCUAUGGCCAGCUACAACGAUCUUAUUGCUGCUAUGAAUCUGGUUCUAUUUGAAGACGCCAUGAUGCAUAUUUGCAGGAUAAGUAGAAUAUUAGAGAGCCCUAGAGGAAGCGCGUUGUUAGUGGGUGUCGGAGGCUCGGGCAAGCAAUCCCUCUCUCGCCUAGCUGCGUUCAUAUCCAGCUUGGAGGUGCUGCAGAUACAGCUCAAGAAGGGCUACGGAGUUUCUGAUCUCAAGAACGAGUUAAAUGGUCUCUAUAUAAAAACCGGCCUCAAAAAUGUCGGUAUAAUGUUCUUGAUGACGGACGCUCAAGUGGCGAACGAACAGUUUCUAGUUUUAAUCAACGACUUGUUGGCGUCAGGCGAAGUUGGCGAUCUAUUCCCGGACGAUGAAAUUGAAAAUAUCCUGGCGGGAGUCCGGAACGAGGUAAAAGGUGCCGGUCUCCCAGACACAAGGGAAGUCUGCUGGAAAUUCUUUAUAGACAGAGUGAGGAGGCAACUGAAGGUCGUUCUUUGUUUCUCGCCUGUCGGCUCCACUCUGCGGGUACGAUCGAGAAAGUUCCCCGCCUUGAUCAACUGCACGUCCAUCAACUGGUUCCACGAAUGGCCGCAAGAGGCGCUCGUGUCGGUCUCGAUGAAUUUCCUACAAGAAUUACAUGCGCUACCUAUCGCGCUCAGAGAUUCCGUGGCUAGGUUCAUGGCCUACGUCCAUACAUCAGUGAAUACGAUAUCCAAGUCGUUCUUGGCGAAUGAACGGAGAUAUAACUACACAACGCCGAAGAGUUUUCUAGAACAAAUCAGCUUGUACUCCAAACUUGUAAACAAUAAGACAGAAGAACUUCGCGCCAAGAUUAUACGACUGGAGAAUGGCUUAGAAAAAUUGGCUUCUACGGCAACCCAAGUGGCUGCGCUGAAGAAAGUGUUGGCAGUACAAGAGAUUGAAUUACAAGAGAAAAAUGAGGCAGCCGACAAACUGAUCGAAAUGGUCGGCAUUGAGACUGCUAAAGUGCAGAGCGAGAAAGCUGCAGCCGAUGAAGAAGAAGAAAGAGUAGCAGUCAUCACUGAAGAAGUGUCAAAGAAGCAGAAAGACUGCGAGGAAGACUUGAUAAAAGCCGAGCCAGCCUUGAUAGCCGCUCAAGAGGCUCUGAAUACGCUGAAUAAAGCGAAUCUUACUGAGUUGAAAUCCUUUGGGUCACCCCCCGGAGCCGUGACUAAUGUAACUGCUGCUGUCAUGGUGCUAAUGGCACCUGGGGGUAAAAUACCGAAGGAUAGGAGUUGGAAAGCGGCUAAGAUUGAAAUGGCAAAAGUGGACGUAUUUUUGGAAUCUCUGAUCAAUUAUGACAAGGAAAAUAUUCAUCCGGACGUAAUCAAAGCCAUACAACCGUACUUAAAAGAUGCGGAAUUUGAACCAGAAUUCGUGCGAUCGAAAUCUGCGGCAGCGGCGGGACUCUGCGCGUGGGUGAUAAACAUCAUCAAAUUCUACGAGGUGUUCUGCGACGUGGAGCCCAAACGUAAGGCGCUGCAAGCGGCCAACGCAGAGCUCGCUGCCGCCGUUGAAAAGCUUAAGCAGAUCAAGGCUAAAGUUUUGUCCUUAGAAGAAUUGUUAGCGGGGCUGACAGCGGACUUCGAAAAGGCGACUUCAGAAAAGAUGAAAUGUCAGCAGGAGGCUGACGCGACCAACGGAACGAUACAAUUGGCCAACCGAUUGGUCAACGGGUUGGCCAGUGAGAACGUGCGAUGGGCGGAGGCAGUGUCUAAUUUCAUGCAACAAAGCACGACACUGCCUGGCGACAUCCUUUUGGUAUGUGCUUUCAUAUCGUAUGUCGGCUGCUUUACCAAGCAGUACCGGCUCGAUCUGCUGCAUAAGAACUGGCUCGUCUUCUUGAAGACUUUGGAGCCACCAAUACCAAUAACAGAAGGAUUAGACCCAUUGACGAUGUUGACCGACGACACCACGAUAGCGAUGUGGCAGAAUGAGGGGCUCCCCUCUGACCGCAUGAGCACAGAGAACGCCACCAUACUGUCCAAUUCAGACCGGUGGCCCCUUAUGAUUGAUCCACAGUUACAAGGUGUUAAGUGGAUUAAACAAAAAUACGGAGAAAGUCUCCGAGUUAUAAGACUUGGCCAGAAAGGUUAUCUCGAUACUAUCGAGAAAGCGGUUACCAAAGGAGAAACGGUUCUUCUAGAGAACAUAGGAGAAACCGUGGACCCGGUACUGGAUUCAUUGCUUGGACGGAAUCUUAUCAAAAAGGGGAAGGCCAUAAAAAUUGGGGACAAAGAAAUUGAAUACAGUCCCCACUUCCGACUAAUACUACACACAAAACUGGCAAAUCCGCAUUACAAACCUGAAAUGCAGGCGCAGACAACCCUAGUGAACUUCACAGUAACUCGAGACGGUUUAGAAGAUCAACUUUUAGCUGAAGUGGUCAAAGCGGAAAGACCAGACUUAGAAGAUUUAAAGGCGGAAUUGACGAAACAGCAGAAUCAGUUCAAGAUUCAAUUGAAGACGCUAGAAGAUGACCUUUUGUCGAGACUGUCGUCUGCUGGCGAGAACAUACUAGGGGAUACAGCGUUGGUGGAGAAUUUGGAGACCACCAAGAAAACUGCUGCGGAUAUUGAAAGAAAGGUAGCGGAGGCAAAAGUGACAUCUCACGAGAUAGAUCAAGCGCGAGAGUUCUACCGCCCGGCUUCGGCCAGGGCUUCUCUGCUGUACUUCAUACUCAAUGACCUGAAUACCAUCAAUCCAAUCUACCAAUUUUCUUUGAAAGCAUUCAGCGUCGUAUUCCAAAAGGCGAUAUCGCGAGCCGAGCCCGCGGAGGAAGUCGGCCAGAGAAUCAAGAACCUCAUCGACUGCAUCAGUUACUCCGUGUUCCAGUACACGUCGAGGGGGCUGUUCGAAUGUGACAAACUUAUUUUCGCAUCGCAGAUGACGUUUCAGGUGCUCCUAAUGAGCGAAGAGAUAUCACCAGUGGAACUGGACUUCUUCCUUCGGUUCCCCGUCAAGCCUCACGUAACGAGUCCCGUCGACUUUCUGUCUAACCACAGUUGGGGCGGGAUUUGCUCCUUGGCGGGGAAGGACGAGUUCAGGAACCUGGACCGGGAUAUAGAGACGUCGCCUAAGAGGUGGAAGAAGAUUGUCGAGGUGGAGUGCCCGGAGAGGGAGAAGUUUCCUCAGGAAUGGAAAAACAAAACAGCCCUUCAAAGAUUAUGCAUGUUGAGAGCAUUAAGACCAGAUCGGAUGACUUAUGCCGUAGCGGCUUAUAUAGAAGAGAAGAUGGGUGCAAAAUACGUUGAAAACCGUACAAUGGAGUUCAGUAAAUCGUUCGAAGAGACCAGUCCUACUACGCCUAUAUUCUUCAUACUAUCGCCAGGGGUCAACCCUUUGAAGGACGUGGAAGCCCUUGGAAAGGUCAUGGGCUUCACUGCUGAUGACGGCAACUUCCAUAACGUGUCUUUGGGUCAAGGCCAGGAGAUCGUGGCCGAGCAGGCCAUGGAUGAGGGGAUACAGAAGGGCCAUUGGGUUGUGUUACAGAACAUUCACUUAGUGAAGAAAUGGCUGCCCAGCCUCGAGAAGAAGAUGGAGAGCUUCCAAGCAGGUUGCCAUGACGAUUUCCGGCUGUUCAUGUCGGCCGAGCCCGCCCCCACGCCCGACGCGCAUAUCAUCCCCCAGGGGAUACUAGAAUCCAGCAUCAAGAUCACCAAUGAACCACCUACAGGCAUGCAGGCUAACAUUCAUAAAGCGCUGGACAAUUUCAACCAAGAAACAUUAGAGAUGUGCGGCAAAGAGGCGGAGUUCAAGGCGAUUCUAUUCGCCCUCUGUUACUUCCACGCCGUGGUCGCUGAGCGGCGCAAGUUCGGCCCGCAGGGGUGGAACAAGAUAUACCCCUUCAAUGUUGGCGAUUUAACGAUCAGCGUGUUCGUCCUAUACAAUUACUUAGAGGCGAACUCGAGAGUACCCUGGGAGGACCUGAGGUACCUGUUCGGAGAAAUCAUGUACGGAGGUCAUAUUACUGACGAUUGGGACCGGAGGCUGUGUAACGCUUAUCUGGAGGAACUGAUGCAACCAGAUUUAGUAGAUGGUGAACUCCAACUAGCCCCCGGUUUCCCAGCGCCCCCCAACACGGACUACGUGGGCUACCACCAGUACAUCGAGGAUGCCAUGCCGCCGGAGUCACCGUACUUGUACGGCCUACACCCCAACGCGGAAAUUGGUUUCCUCACCACAACUUCGGAGAAUCUAUUUAGGACGAUAUUUGAGAUGCAGCCGAGAGACGCACAGGCGUCUGGAGCAGCUACGGUCACUAGAGAGGAUAAGGUGAAACAAAUGCUAGACGAGAUAAUGGAGAAGCUACCAGAAGAGUUCAACAUGGUAGAGAUCAUGGGGAAAGUGGAGGAACGGACGCCGUACGUGAUCGUGGCGUUCCAAGAGUGCGAGAGGAUGAACUAUCUCACUGGGGAGAUGAAGAGGUCCCUGAGGGAACUAGACUUGGGGCUGAAGGGAGAACUGACAAUAACAUCAGACAUGGAAGACCUCGAGAACGCCCUAUUCUUAGAUCAAGUUCCUGCGAUAUGGUCAAGCCGGGCGUACCCUUCUUUGCUAGGUUUAUCGGCCUGGUAUGUAGACUUAUGUCUGCGACUGAGGGAGCUAGAGACUUGGGCGACAGAUUUUGUUCUACCAACCUCAGUGUGGCUGGCCGGAUUCUUCAACCCGCAGAGCCUUCUGACGGCGAUCAUGCAGAGUACCGCGCGCCGGUACGAGUUGCCGCUGGACAAGAUGUGCUUGCAUUGUGACGUCACCAAGAAGAUGAAGGAGGAGUUCACGGCGGCGCCGAAAGACGGCGCGUACGUGCAUGGUCUGCUGAUGGAGGGCGCCAGGUGGGACGUCCAGGCCGGGAUCAUCAUGGAUUCGAGGCUAAAGGACCUGUUCCCGUUGAUGCCCGUCAUCAAUGUCAGGGCAAUCACUCAAGAUAAACAGGAUCUCCGGAACAUGUACGAAUGCCCCGUGUACAAGACAAGGACCAGGGGACCGACCUACGUGUGGACUUUCAACUUGAAGACUAAGGACAAACCCUCAAAGUGGACCUUAGCGGGUGUUGCGUUGCUUUUGCAAGUGUAAUUCAACUAUAUUUUACUGCGAAGUAAACAUAUAACAAACAGUCAAUCGCGUAUGAUCUUAC